AUGACACAAAUUUCCUGCCCAGAAAUACUCCUGAAUCGUUGCCGGAAUUCUUCAGUGAAAGUGAAGUUGCUCUGUGUCCAGGUACUGAAAGACCUGCUGGGAGAUGGAAUUGAUUAUGAGAAAGUUGCAAAGCUCACUUCAGAUGCUAAGUUUGAAACCAGUGAUAUAAAGGCAACCAUUGCAGUGCUGAACUUUGUUCUGUCAAGUGCUGCCAAAUAUGGUGUUGAUGGUGAAUCGUUAUCAAGUGAAUUACAACAACUUGGUCUGCCAAAAGAACACACCUCUGCACUCUGUAAAUCUUAUGAAGACAAACAGACUGCCCUUCAGGACAGAUUAAAGGAGAGUAGCCUCAGAUUGAACAAACUAGACUCGGUGUCAUGGAGAGUGGACUACACGCUGAGUUCCAGUGAGCUGAAGGAAGUAAAUGAACCUGUCGUUCAGCUGAAGAUUAAUGUUCGGAAUGUAGACACGGGCGCUGUGGAGCCCACAGUCAUUUCCGUUUCAGCAAACAAGUUCCGAGUCUUACUCACUGAACUCAAACAAGCACAAGUAUUGAUGAAUUCUUUGAAUUAAACAAUGUUAUACAUUGAUCAACUUCUGUAGUAGCUGUGGGCUUGCUGGAUUUACAGGAAACUGGAGAGACAGAGGUGGAUAAGCUGAUAUAUUUAAACAAAAUGAACAAUGACUCUUGUUUGCGCUCUGUUGAGAAGGUUCAUCAGGUUGUGGAUCACAUGGUAUUUAAACGUUUGAUUUAGUAAUUCCUGCAAACAUCGCCAGAAAGGUGGUUGUGUUCGGAACCUGAAUUCAAGUCUGGAUGAAGCACUUGCUAGAGGAUGACUCUGUUUGUAAUGGUUUAGCUUCUUCAGCACGACAAUAUCUUGAGACUAUCAAUGACACAAACAGAACUAUCACUGAGAAACGUCAAUGAGAAAUUAAUGGCUGUUCACAGCCAAUUGAGUCGCUUUUUUGGGCCGCUUUAGUUGGCUGAUCUGACUGAAGUUUGUGUGAGAUUGACCAAUUAAGGUGCAGUGGAUUGAAACGUUUUCGCCUCCAUUUUCUGUGAUCUUGACUUAAACCCAACUUAAAAAACACCGGUGAACGUCUCCUCUCAGCAAGAUUGCUGGGGAUAUUAAGUUGCACAUCUUCACACAUUCCGUUUAUUUAUGAUGUUGAGAAUUGAACAGUUCUGAUUUAUGUCUUAUCAGGCUGCAGGCCCUGGUACAAGCAAUGGAAAAGUCAGUUCAUUUCAUGAACGUGUGGGGAAAUGGAACAGUGGAAGUGGCCUCUUUGUCCGCUGACGAGUAUUAUUCUUGAGAUUUUGAAACUAAUCAAGAGCACCGAUCAAUUUCGUGAUGCCAGAUUAUUCUAUUUGUCCACCCGACUCUUUGUAGUUAAUAAAAGGUGGAGGUUUGUGCACAUGUCUCUGUCCACUAAGUCCAUUUUGACAUUCACGUGAAGCUGGAUCUAACUGGAUCAUAAAACCAGGUCACUUCAGUCACAAAUCACUUUGGGACAUGCAGAUACAUGGACAAAUGAGGGACCGGGUCUGACCUCCAGUUGAAGCAUUUGAGAAAGAAAUAAGACCAAGCAAAUUAAGAAAACAGUAAACUUGAAGCCGGUGUACUCUCGAAGGAUCAAGGUGUUUGAUUCUGGCUGUUUGACAUUAUGCCUCUGGUUUGUGAAUUAGCUUGGAAGUAGAUUCCAAGUCCCAUGUUUCUGUCUAACCAUUGUGGUAACUCAGAGUAAGUUAGCCCAGGGGAAAAAAAAAACAAGCAUAAACUGUGGGAAGAACCAUAUUUAGAAAAGCUAGUGACUGUUUCCAUUUGUCGCGACACAUUAGCUGACCACAUUGAUUUUCCGAAGCAGCUAAGGCUGGUCAAGACAGUGUGUAAAUUGCUCUCUGCCCUUUUCCCACAUUGUAUGGCUGAGUCUAACGAGUUUGCAGGAAUGUUGAAACAUCACCUACUUAUGAAAGAAACCCCUGCACCCCAGCUGAUGAUAAUAGAACAUCCCAGUUCUCACUCCCACAUUGAUGAGCAGAAAGAUUCAUCCGAAUUAUUUGAGGAGGAUUCUCUCCAAAGUAAAAUCGGAUCCAGCUGGCGUCACAGAGUUGGGUUUGGAAGAAUGUUGCGUUUUCUUCACGACAGAGCAUAGGUUUUUCCAGUACUCUUGGUGUAUCGCUUUGCUGACUUUGACUUUAUGACACCAGAGGGCAGAGUCUACAUUUUACAUCGCAAAUAAAUAAAGAAAAAGCAUCAUUUUCCACCACACUUGGAGAUCAGCUUGGAAUCAUUGGGGCCACCACAUCAAAUCUUGAAAGGCAGUCUGAUGCAGGGACAAUCAGAAGGGGAGACUUGCCAGUGAAUUUCAGGGAAAAUGUACCUGAUAAAUUGGAGAAUUGUUGCAUUGAGUUUUCUGUACCCCCAAGAUUUUGUGCUGUUUGUAACCUUAACUUAGCUCUCAACAUCAGAAAUGAUAAUGAGCGUGUCCAUUCCACCCACAACAUAUAGGUGUUGUGGGUCAUUGUUUACAUGUAUAUGCCUAAUAAAGUUACAAAAGAAA